GAAUAUUAUAAGUAUUAAGGUCAGCACUCGGUAUUCCAUAAUUUCUUAUGGUUUAGCAUUCUUUAGAUAAUUAAUAAUUAUUUACACCAGUUUGUACAAAUGGAAAUGUGGAUUGUUUAGAUUACAUUGAGAAUAAUUAAUAAUAGUAAUAAUAAUUCUAGGUAUUAUUAAUUGUAUAAUUCAUUUAUUUUUUAAUUGUGUCUUACUUAAUUAAAAAAUGUCUGAAAACCAGCCAAAAGAGGAGAAUACACAAAAUGCUUUAUCCGAAUUGCUAGAUGAUGCUCUCAAAGAUUUUGAAAAUACUGAUGAAUCAAGAGCAUCAGACGAUGCAUCAAAAAUAUCUGAAAUUACUAAUUUAGAUGCAAGUGAUAACUUUUUAAAAGAGAGUCUUGAAGAAACAAUGAAAACAUUUAUGAAUAGUGAUCAAGCAGAAUUAGCAGCUGGCCUACAAGAACUAAUUUUAGGAGAUGAAGGAUCUGAAUUACAAAUGGUUAUUCAAGAAUCAUUAAAAAGUUUAGCAGAAGCUAAACAAAAUCUACCCGAGGGAAGUGAUUUAACUUCGAUGUUUGCUAAUAUGGGUAUUCAAGAGGAUAUUAGUUUAGAUGAAGAUAUGCUUCCAAUGUUAAUGCAAUUUAUGCAGCCAUUAUUGAGCAAAGAAGUGCUUUAUCCAUCUAUUAAAGAUCUGUGUGAUAAAUACCCAAAAUGGCUUGAGGAUCAUGAAUCAACAUCUGAUAAAGAAGAGUUUGAAAGGUAUACACAAAUGUUUAAUUGUAUAAAAGAAGUCCGUGAUCAUUUAGAAAAUCAACAAGAUACAGAUGAUGAUAUCACUAAAACUAGGAAGUUUAAAGAACUUAUGGAAUUGUUAAAAAAAAUGCAAGAAUGUGGUCAGCCACCAGAAGAAUUAAUGAGAGACGUAGCUGAUGGCAAUCCAAUAUCUGAUAAUGUUGGUCAAUGUACUCUCAUGUAGCAAAUGUUUAUCUUGAAGUAUUAUUUUUAUUGAGUCUUGUUUAUUUAUUUAUUAUCAGUUCGAUAAAUGAAGACUGAAUAAAUAUAGGGUAUAGGUAAAAGGGUAGCAGAUUUUACCAAUGUGAAAGGUAAACUUCCAAAGAUACUAUUCAUCAUAUUGAAAUUUUCUAAAUUUGUUAACCUCUCAGAUUCGUAGAUAUUUUUAUUAAUUAGUUAAAAUUUUGAUUUAUUAAAUAUUAUUGAAAUCAAAUAAUUUCAUUUUUGGUACUUUAAACUAAAAUUUUUUGUUUUUUCUUUUAACAAUUUAAGUAUUAAAUAAUAUCUACAAAUUUUAAAGUGUAAUAUAACCCUGGUAUAAUACAUAGGUCUGUCAUAUAUUUUAAUUUAAGUCACCGUUAAAAAUAAACACGAUGGCCUAUACAUUUUAAGAAAAUAAUCUGUUAUAUCGAUCAAUAUUACUUAAAAUCUUUUUUUUAAUUUUGGACGGGGAAAAAUUAAUUUAAUUAAAUAAAUAGUUAUUUGAGUUGGAUAAAUCAAAAUGUCUCAAUUAGUGGAUUCUAUGUCAAUCUUUUAAAUCUAUAUGACAUAAAAAAUAUUACUUUUAAUUUUCUAAUAUAAUGAUUAUUGAUGUUAUAUGUAUAUAUGAAAUUAAUUUUCUAACAGGGUUUUUUUUACUUUGAUAAAGUGUAUACUUCAUUAAAUAUUAUUAUAUCAUUAUUUAGACUUACAAACAUUGUAUACUUUGAUAUUUUCUAAAAUAAAAUAUGGAGAAUAGUGCUUACAUUAUUGUAUAGACAUUAUGAUUAUUUAUUAUAUUUGUGUAAUAAAAUCAAAAUAUUAAUUAGUAA